AUGAUUCAACGAACCCUCCUCCGUCAAACCAGGGCAUUGGGCCCAUCUAUACGGCCUGCUACUCGGAGUUCAUUAACACGAACCCAGUUUCAACCAACAAAUCAGUCUCUUCGUGCUGGCUCACGACCUGUCGCAUCGGCAAGAUGGUAUGGCACCGAGACUGAUGCAAAGAAGGCUGGAGAAGGCGAUGCGGCUGCUGCAGCAGAGGGAAAGAACGGGGAGAAUGGAGACCCCGUAAAGAAGCAAUUAGAGGCGAAGGAUAAGGAAAUCGUCGAGCUCAAGGACCGGUACCUGCGGUCAGUAGCCGACUUCCGAAAUCUUCAAGAGCGAACAAAACGCGAUAUGCAAGUCGCAAAAGAUUUUGCCAUCUCGAAAUUUGCCAAGGAUCUUGUGGACAGUGUGGACAAUCUUGAUCGGGCCUUGGCAAUCGUGUCGCAGGAGAAGCUAGAUUCCCAAGAGGAUUCAGAGCACCUCCGGGAUCUGUUAUCGAUGCACGAGGGCCUCAAGAUGACGGAAUCGAUUCUGAUGCAGACGCUGAAGAAGCACGGCCUUGAGCGCUUCGACCCCAGUGUCGAUGCCGAGCCGUUCAACCCGAAUGAACACGAGGCGACAUUCAUGGCCCCUAUGGAGGGGAAGGAGGAUAACACAGUAUUCCUCACACAGCAGAAGGGAUUUAAACUUAAUGGUCGGAUACUGCGGGCGGCUAAGGUUGGCGUUGUAAAAAACAAAUAG